GGGAAAUGUACAUAUAAUUAUGCAAUAGCAAUUUGAAACAAAAAAGACACAAGUCUCAGAUCUGACCUAAUCAUGAGUCGCACUGUGUAGCAAUAGGAAACAAAAUCAAUAAUGGCACUUCUAGUAGUUCUAUUCGUUGGACUAAUUUUUUGCUCUUUGGUGAAAACGAACUUGGAACAGGUAGAAAAAGUAUCCGACUGUAAGCCUUUUGAAGAGAAUCAGCCUCAUAUUUGGAACAUUCUAUGGAUUGCGCGGCAAGAUGAGAGUUCAGAGGUCGCCGUGGAAAAAGAUGGCGUUAUUUAUGCAUCAUGUGACCUUGACACGAGCUGUAUAAAUUAUUUUGAUCAUCUGACGAUCACUGAUGUUCAGUCAACCAGUGAUGGUCCUUUAAGAAUUAGACACAAAGUCCUUAAUGCAACCAGAAAGGUCGAAGGUUUUUGGUCUAUAAAAUAUAUUCAAGGUGUCCAAUCGGAAAGGUCUCUCGUGAGCAGCUGUUAUCUACGUCCUUAUGCUAGGGUCACCAAUGUCGACUGCCAAAAAUAUUUGACUUACACUGGCUUGGAAAUUAUAUGCAAGUCUCAGAGAGUUUAUCCCGAAGCUAAAUGCCAUUUUUCUGUAAAUAGCUUUGAAGUAAGUCUCAUCUUUAAAUUGCAUCAAACAUACAAUAGUAUUUUAUUGAACAAAGACUAUAGCAUUCCUUAA